UUUUCUAUAAAAAAAGUAUAAUAUCACUUUUUGGAUAACAAUGGUGGUCCAAGCAAAAGAGGAGAUGUCUAUUUGUGUCUUUGUUCCUACAGAAACAGCUAAUUAAUUAUACUUUGAUGACCUUAGUCUUUACUAACGCCUUAACCCAUGCUCGUGAGCAAGCUGUAACACAUGAAAUAACUCCCACUCGCAUGUAAAGACACACUCUAGGCGCCCUUCUCUCCCUCUGUGUCUCUCCUUUCCUCUUGUCUUGUCAUUCACAUUAGUCUCCAGUUCACUGCUCGCUCUCCUCUGAUUGGCUUUCACUCUCUCUCUCUCUCUCUCUCUCUGUUUUGCAUCCUUGCUCACUUUCUCCUACACGCUGCUUCUUUCUCUCUCAUUCAUACACCACAUACCUGAUUUUUUUGUCUAUUAUUUUCUUUCUUUCUCUCUCUCUCUCUCUCUCUCUCUCUCUCUCUACCCCCCUCCCCCUCGCUAUGUGGCUCUACACUUCCUGGCCUGGCACGAUACCCUUGAGAGAGAGAGCAGCCCCACAGUCCUCUCUCUCUCUCUCUCUCCUUCUGAGCGGGAUGCUCGACAGCCUGUUCCCUCCUCUCCUCCUCCCUCCUCCCUCCUCCCUCUCUCUCUCUCUCUCUCUUGAAUUCUCUUGUUCUCUUAGUCUCUGACACAUCUUUCAAACCUUUCUCAUCUUUUCAUCUGUCCCUCUCUCUUGCAUACUCGCGUGUACAGUAUCGCAGCUAGACGUCGGUGAGUGCGCGUGUGUUUAACUGACCGGACGAGGCUGACAUGCCGGCGUGGAGUGUAAUCGCUGCCUCUUGACUGCACGCGCGUGUGUGUUGUUUUUGUGUGUGUGUGUGUGUGUGUGUGUGUGUGUGUGUUUAUUCCCGUGUGUGCAUGUCUGAAGGCUCAGCUGCUCUCAUGUUCAUCUGCCAACACAGCCUUUGCUACGAGCAACAUGUUUCGACGCACUAAAAGUUGCAGAACCAGUAACCGGAAAAGCCUCAUCCUGACCAGUACGUCCCCCACGCUGCCACGGCCGCACUCCCCACUGCCCGGACACAUAGGAAGCAGUCCGUUGGACAGCCCUCGCAACUUCUCACCAAGUGGCCCCGCCCACUUCUCCUUCGCCUCUUCUCGCAGGGCUGAUGGUCGUCGAUGGUCCUUGGCUUCUCUGCCGUCCUCAGGAUAUGGCACCAAUACACCCAGUUCAACAUCAUCCAGCUCAUCGCAGGAGCGACUGCACCAGCUGCCCUUCCAGCCCACCAUGGACGAGCUGCACUUUCUGUCCAAGCACUUCGGCAGCACCGAGAGCAUCACGGACGAUGACGGGGGUCGACGCUCGCCGCACGUCCGCCCUCGCUCUCGCAGCCUCAGCCCGGGGCGCUCUCCUUCCUGCUAUGACAAUGAAAUAGUGAUGAUGAACCAUGUCUACAAGGAGCGAUUCCCCAAGGCCACAGCUCAGAUGGAGGAGAGGCUGGCCGAGUUCAUGCACAACUACUCCCCAGAGAGCGUGCUGCCUCUGGCCGACGGGGUCCUCAGCUUCAUCCACCACCAGGUAGCUGAGCUGUCGCGGGACUGCCUGACCAAAUCACGUGAGGGCCUCAUCACCAGCGUCUACUUCUGUGAACUGCAGGACAACCUGGAGAAGCUGCUGAAUGAUGCGUAUGAGCGCUCGGAGAGUUCAGAGGUCACCUUCGUCAUCGAGCUGGUCAAAAAACUCUUCAUCAUCAUAUCUCGUCCAGCCAGGCUCCUCGAGUGUUUGGAGUUCAACCCUGAGGAGUUUUAUCAUCUGCUGGAGGCGGCGGAGGACCACGCAAAGGAGGGACAGCUGAUGAAGGCAGACAUCCCCAGAUACAUCAUCAGCCAGCUGGGGCUGACCAGAGACCCACUGGAGGAAAUCGUGAGCCUCGACAGCUAUGACAGCGAGGGUCCACACACGCCCGAGACUGAUGACUCAGCGGAGGGAAGAACGAGAGCCAUCAAACCGCCGAGUGAGGAAGAUUUUCAGAACAUCAAACUCAUCAGCAACGGGGCUUAUGGUGCGGUGUACCUGGUGCGCCACAGGGAGACACGUCAGCGUUUUGCCAUGAAGAAGAUCAACAAGCAGAAUCUGAUCCUGAGGAAUCAGAUCCAGCAGGCUUUCGUCGAGAGGGACAUCCUCACCUUCGCAGAGAACCCGUUUGUCGUCUCCAUGUUCUGCUCCUUUGAAUCGCGGAGACAUCUGUGCAUGGUCAUGGAAUAUGUGGAGGGUGGUGACUGUGCCACUUUGUUAAAGAACAUCGGGGCUCUUCCUCUCGAGUUGGCACGGAUGUACUUUGCUGAGACUGUUUUAGCCCUGGAGUACCUGCACAACUACGGCAUCGUCCACAGAGAUCUCAAACCAGACAAUCUGCUGAUCACCUCCAUGGGACACAUCAAGCUUACAGACUUCGGCCUGUCAAAGAUGGGUCUAAUGAGCCUCACCACCAACCUGUACGAGGGACACAUCGAGAAAGACGCCAGAGAGUUUCUGGAUAAGCAGGUGUGUGGGACCCCGGAGUACAUCGCUCCAGAGGUGAUUCUCCGUCAGGGUUACGGGAAACCUGUGGACUGGUGGGCUAUGGGCAUCAUCCUCUAUGAGUUCCUGGUGGGCUGUGUGCCUUUCUUUGGAGACACUCCUGAGGAGCUGUUUGGACAGGUCAUCACAGAUGAUAUCGUUUGGCCAGAAGGUGACGACGCCCUGCCUGCAGAUUCUCUGGACCUCAUCUCUGCCCUGCUGCAGACCAACCCGCUCGGGAGGUUGGGCACAGGUGGAGCGUUCGAGGUGAAGCAGCACUCGUUCUUCACCGAGCUGGACUGGAACAGUCUGCUGAGACAGAAAGCCGAGUUCGUCCCUCACCUGGAGUCAGAGGAGGACACCAGCUACUUUGAUACGCGCUCGGAUCGUUAUCACCACAUCAAUACGUACGACGAGGAUGACACCAAUGACGACGAGCCGGUGGAGAUCAGACAGUUCUCUUCCUGCUCUCCUCGCUUCAGCAAGGUGUACAGCAGCAUGGAGCAUCUUUCUCAGCUGGAGCAGAAAGCUACGACCUCGGUGUCCCGUCGGGAGCACAAGGGCCCGCGGGAGGACAAGGUGACGAAGAGAGAGAGCCUGGGCAGCUUCAGCAUGAGAGACAAGAGCUGGAGGACGGGAUCCCCAGAGAUGAAACGCCUGUCUUGUUCGGAGUCCCUCUACAUGGAGGGGGAUGCCAGCCCACCUCUCGGUGCUCGCAGACGCUUCUCAGCUCUGAUGGAAACGCAUCGUUUCGCCUCGCCCCUGGACGGUGAGCCGGACUUCCUGUCCCGCCAGGUGCCCAUCAAGGUUCGGGGAACCUCGCUGGAUGGAACCAGCGCCCCGUCACCGAGCCUCCUGGAGCAGAGAAACAGUCUGAAGGAGAUCAACGGAGCAGACAAAUCCCCCCGACACGGAGAGACACCUGGAGUCGCCACGGCCAUCGCUACAUUAUCUCAAAGUCCUGCAGCGGCUGGUCGGGACGUGAUGACUCCUCUGUACGACCCUCUCGGGCCUCGGGCCACAAACGACCUGGUCCUCCGCAGGGCGAGACAUCAGCAACUGUCUGGUGAGGGAGAGAAACGCAACUCGAGGGCUGGAAACAAGGUCAUCAAGUCAGCGUCUGCCACAGCCUUGUCUGUCAUCAUACCAUCAGUGGAUCAGCAUGGCGGCUUCUCUCCCCUCGCCAGCCCCAUGUCCCCCCACUCCUUCUCUUCCAACCCCUCGUCCCGGGACUCCUCGCCCAGCAGAGACUUCUUCCCGGCAGUGAGCGUGUUGCGCUCUCCCAUCACCAUCCAUCGCUCUGGAAAGAAGUACGGCUUCACUCUCAGGGCCAUCAGGGUCUACAUCGGGGACAGUGAUAUCUACAGCGUGCAUCACAUAGUCUGGCAUGUGGAGGACGGAGGCCCCGCCCAGGAAGCUGGUCUGUGCGCCGGUGACCUCAUCACCCACGUAAACGGGGAGCCUGUCCACGGCCUGGUCCACACUGAAGUGGUGGAGCUCAUCCUAAAGAGUGGAAACAAGGUGACGGUGACGACCACUCCUUUUGAGAACACCUCCAUCAAAGUGGGUCCUGCGCGCAAAGCCAGCUACAAGUGUAAGAUGGCCCGACGAAACAGGAGGACCAUGGGAAAGGACAGCCAGGAGAGUAAGAAGCGUAACUCCUUGUUCCGUAAGAUCACCAAGCAGUCCAACUUGCUGCACACCAGCCGCAGUCUGUCCUCGCUGAAUCGCUCUCUGUCGUCCAGCGAGAGCCUUCCUGGCUCCCCAACUCACAGCCUGUCUGCCCGCUCCCCGACUCAGGGCUACCGCUCCACCCCUGAGCCCUCAUACCUGGGUUCCUCUCAGAACAGCUCUCCAGCCUCCAGCACUCCCAACUCCCCCGCUCCCUCUCAGCACAUGAGGCCCAGCUCCCUGCACGGCCUUUCCCCUAAGCUCCACCGCCAGUACCGCUCCGCCCGCUGUAAGUCCGCUGGUAACAUCCCCCUCUCCCCGCUCGCCCACACACCCUCCCCUACCCAGUCUUCUCCGCCACCCUUACCAGGCCACACUGUGGGGAGCUCCAACACCACCCAGUCCUUCCCUGUCAAGCUCCACUCCUCGCCACCCGUGGUCAGACCCCGACCUAAGAGCGCCGAACCCCCACGAUCACCGCUCCUCAAGCGGGUGCAGUCAGCAGAGAAGCUGGGUUCACCACUGACCCAGUCCAGCUCUACGGGCGGGCUGGGGGGUCCGCUGAGGAAGCACAGCCUGGAGGUGCAGCACUCUGAGUACCGUAAGGACGCCUUCCUCUGCGAGCUCGGCCUCCAGAGCCUGCUGGAGACGGACGGAGAGAACCUGCCUUAUCCUCCGCCGCUGCCCUCUUCUUCAUCCUCUUCUGCGCCUGAGACUGGAGUCCUGAAGCCUGUGAGGAGGCUAGGAAGACAAGAGUCACCGCUUAGCAGGGAGACACUGCUGGCCGGGAGGGAGAGAGAAGAGAGGGAAAGAGGACGAGAGAGGGAGAAAGAGAGGGACUCUGAUAACGGGUCAGUUCUGGAGAGACUGGGUCGUGUUGGAGCUACAGUGUCCCCGUCAUCCUUAACGAGAAAACCUCACACAACGGAGUCGCCCUUGAGUUCACAGGCUGGACCUAGCUCCAGAGCGAGUACGGAAACCACUAAGGCUACGACUCCGAGCACCCCUACCAAAACAACGGGAAGCCUCGUUGGUCACAGGGGGCCUGAAAAGUGUCCAGCAGACUUAACUUCAAAACAGCAAGACUUCAGGGCAGCCAAAGGUGUGUUUUCUCACAGUAAAAUCUCCCAGGAGCAGCCCGUGGGGAGAACUGAACCAAAGCAGGAAGGAAACAAGAGUCUGAGGCCUGGUUUACCUGGUGCUGCUUUCAAGAGCUCUACUUCUAGUCCGGAUAAAUCCAUCAGCAUGAACGCUACAGUGACAGCAGGUUCAAGUAUGAACAAAACCUUUAAACCGUCAGGUAUGGGGGACAGCCUGAGGAAAGCAGGAGUGGAGAGCAGCGACUUGAGGACUCAGGACAUUAGCCCUAAAAGCCCCAAACUCCCUAUUCGAAUUCUUGCCCCUGUCGUCCCCCCACACGGACAACCGCUCUCGCUGGGCAAGGUGAGGCAGGGGCUCGGACCGGUCAACUGCUACCGGGGUACUCUUGACUGGGAGGACAAAUGUCGCCUUGAGGUGGUGGAGGAGCAUUCGCCUUCACCGUCUCCCUCCCCGACUUCUGUCGCGCCUACACUCUGCGGACCCUCCCUCUGUAAGUCGCGGCCGGUCUCCCCCGGGGAAAAGACGAGUUUCGUCAGCCAGCUGACCACUGUGGCCAAAAAUGUCCUCGGGCCGAUCAAGCUCGGCUCCCUGGAGGGCGCCAGGAGCAAAGAGCAGCAGAGUAAAGCGGCGGAGGAAAAGCAGGGAGGCGCGGCGGGAAAGUCUGACACUCCCGCGGCAGGUCGAUUGGUUGCUGGGGCUGCUGUGGUGACACAAAGUCCUGCUGGCAUGCCACUUGAGAAGGCUGCAACGGGUAGCGGCCCACCCAAAAUAUAACCCCCAAAUCGAACUUCAGUAAGAAAAGAAAAAGAAAAAGAAAAAAAGAUGCCUUUUUUUUGAAGAACAAUGCAACAGAAGUCAAGCACUUAAAAACAAUGUACAUUCCAGUUAAAAUGUAUAUAAAAUGUUAUUUAUUGAUUUCAAUCAUUGACUGAUUCUAACUUAAAACCAAUAGUAAAAUGAUCUACUGUAAAGGUGCAUUAUCUGUUGAUUUUCUAUAGAAAGUAUUUAAUAAGAAGACUCUUAAUGUAAUGUGGAACACUUUAUCAGAUGUAUAUGUGUGUGGGUAUAUGUGAAUGCAUGUCAUAUGGUUAUGUACUGUACAUGUAUUAUAGGUACAAGAAGGUCAAAAAGUGCUUUACCGAUCAAAACGUGCUGAAUACUGUGAAUACCAAAUCCAGUCACUCUACUUUGUCCUUCAACCAGCCCUAUUGUCUUUAACUGUUUCAUUAAACAGGACGACGAAACGGGGGGGAGGGACUGAGCUGCAGUCAAAAAGGAAAAAUUAGCAUCUGACAACAUGAAUGACUGAUUGUUUGGAGACAGCGGGUAAAAAAAAAAAAAAACAAGCAGCAGCAUGAUUUAGCUCAUUUCUUCAUGCAGCAGUUUAUUGAGCUAAUGUGCACAGUCGGGCAAAACAGUGGAUGUCACGUCAAACACUGUCCAGCUCUGCCUGUCGCAGGGAUCCUGUUUGUGUGUGUGUGUGUGUGUGUGUGUGUGUGUGUGUGUGUGUGUGUGUGUGUGUGUGUGUGAACCUACCUUGGGUCUAUUUCUAGUGGUUCUUAAAGGCUACAGGGCUGACAGAGCUCAGGCUCAGCGCUUAUCUCCCCUUUGCAGGAGGGCUACCGCAGUCCUUCUCUCCCUCUGCCUCCAACUGUAGCCUUCACACACACUCACACACACACACACACACACACACACACACACACACACACACACACACACACACACACACACACACACACACACACACACACACACACACUUACACAUGCACAAACACAUUUUCACAACUUGCAGCAGUUGAUUUUCAUGCAUUUAAAUCCAUGCCCAUGUGGUCAGGAUUGGGACGUGAGUGUGUUUGUGAGCGAGUUAGUGAGUUAGUGAUUUUAGAAGUGUGUGAGGGGGUUUGGAGUAAUCACACUCGACACUGUUGACACAGCGAGGGUCACGACAGAAACCAAACUGGAAUUAAACAAGCAGCAGGCAUGAUCCAGUAUCAGCUGCUGGCUUUAAUGAAAACUCUCUCUCCAAACCACACAGGCACAGUGAUGGGUACCUAUGUGGAAAUAGUAUAAAACAAUGAUAAGCACAUUUACAGUGAAUCUAUGUGUUGUUUGGAGUCUAAGCAGGCAGUCGUGGAUGUAGCAUACUGUAAGAUGUUAAAGGGCUCUAUAGCUGAAGUAGGUAGGAAUCAUUAGACUGUAACAAGUCUGAAACAGAGUAAUCACAACGAUUGUGCUUUUAGGUCCAACAAGCAAGCUUGACAAAUGUGAUGCUCACAUUUUGCUUUGUAACAAACUGAUACAAAUAUUUGAAUCAAUAAUGUCAGCAGGAGUGCUGGAAGAGUUAAAUGUUCACAGUAAACUGUCUCUGAACUCAGUUGAUUUCCAGACGUGUGCAGGAAGAAGAAACAAUUUGAUCCAUCUUUGACGAUUUGUAAAAUGUUUCUUCUCUGACAGCAGUUCGAUUUAAAUGACCUCCAUCCUUUUAGCUCUAAACAUGUACUCUGAUUUCACCAACAACAGCGACUUCACGCCAAGGCAGAAGUUCUGAAAAAUAUCAGCUACUUCUAAAUUGAUGUCUUUGAAUUGGCUCGGUCUGCACAACGACUUGCAAAAUAUUUUUCUACAUUGUUAUUGCACAGUUGUGUUGUGAGUAGUUACAAAUAGCUGGGAAAAAAAAGCUAAAUGCUAGCGGGAAAGUUGAUUUUUGCUGAAUUGUCUUUUCAAAUCUUUACAUCAUUCACAUAAAAGACAAUUGUGUAUGCGUCUUUAAUGCAAUAUCAUUUAGUUAUCUUUUUUUUAAUAAGGAUUCUGUGUUCAACAACCUCAAAUCUUACAAUGUUUGAGGGUGUUGCAAUGAUUUUUAGGUCCCAGGUUGUACAUGCAAACAACCUCUGCUGUGUACUAUACUGCCCUCCAGUGGUUAAACAAAAAUCCACUGUUAAACAUGUUACUAUAAAACGUGCAUUAAUGACAUGUUGGAGUUUCUUUAAUGGAGCAAAGACCACCAAAACAAGUAUUAGCCAUAAUAUGCAUUUAUGUUUCCUAACACAAUAUUUGCAGUAUUUAUCAAAUGAACACUUGAAAUAUGAGUUAAUUCCUCCUCUGAUGUUGUGGUCUUCACCUGACUGUUAACUACUGUAUAUCUUCUGGAAUAGGGAAGAACAUUUUUAAAUAUCCUGUCUUAAAUAGUGUACUGAUAGGAAGGAGUUCUUUUGUAUCUUUAUGUAAGAAACCAGUAAUCAGGUCGGCUCCUGAGACAUAAAGCUGACUGUAAUGUUAUCUUAUACAGCUACCGUGCCCACUUUCAGGCCUUUUCUCAAUCUAUGGUGUCUAUACCUGUGUUUAAUGUUUGAUCUUUUCUUUUCUCUUUUUGUGGUUGACAGAGAGAGUAGUAUAUAUGCACUUUAUUUAAAAAAUGAUUUUUUUUUUUAAUUUGCUGGUAUUGUUUGUAAGUUACUUUGAAGAAAAAAAAAAGAAAAUAUACUAUAUAAAAAAACUGAAUCUACAAAUGAACACUUAAUCCAAGUAUAAAAAAAACAUUCCACACUUCUCUGUUCACUGAAAGUGUAUUUAUUUGUACCAUGGGGCAUUUUUGUUUGUGGUAGAUGUAAUUCAAAUGCAGACACCUGAAGUGCAGUAUGUGGAAUUAAAUUCUGAGAUUUGUUCCAAA